CUUCUCGUUCGAUCCGUAUAGUCUAGGGCAGUGGAUUGGGUAUCGAAAGGAAUUUUCCACGCUUCCUUCAUUGCUUUAUUCAUGCCUUGACUUCCCGAAUCAAGGAAAUUCCCAUGCAAUUACUGAAAGCUGACUUCAUGCCAUUGAAGACAGGCCAGGAAAGCAUUGAAUCAUUUCCGAGGUUUUUCCUAUUAGGGGCUCCCUUUCCUGCGCUUGCUGCCCUAUUGAUCCCAAAAGGAAAAGGGAAAUCAACCUCAAAGCCCUAUUCCGAUAUAUCCACGCCUAAGGGUAUAACCUAUGGGAGAAAGAAAAGCUUCCUUCGCAAUUUCCUAGUUUUCUCAUCCUUGAGAAAGAUAAGCAAGGUGUCCAUCCGGGGAUUCAUUCCUAUCCGAGAACCGCUUCACCGACAACAUGUGGCAAAAACUGUCUUUGGCGGUCGCCUUGGAAUUGCUUGCCGGGUAUGGUAUGAGCUUCUAGUUCCAACAACAGCUGAAAUAGCUGCAGAUUCUAUCUCUGGUAAAUUCCCCUCGGGGAACGGAACUCCCUUCCGGCAACAGAUUCAGCGGACGAAGAGGAAUGCAUUCUUACCCUUGCUUCCUUUGCUUGGCUUAUUUAAGGAAAGACAGACUUAUGAGCAAACCACCUACCCUCGGGUUCCUUCCCGCCGAAUGCGAAUACCUUGGCCUCUCCUCUUUAUGGCAGCUAGAUUGCCACGUUCAAGGUCAAAGCUAGUCGAACUAGAGCCUGCCUUGCUCGGGUCUGCCCAGGCGUGGAAGGAGUUCGCUCCUGGUCUGGCUGAGAGAACCCUGGCGUAUACGGCACGGAAUCUAUCCAAGCCGGAUAAGGUUUGGUGAUCAUGCGGUUAUCCUCCUCCUUCUUUUCCUUGGCCUUUUUUACUUUUUUUUUUACUAACUGAUUCAUUGUUGCGAGGAGGGUUGGGCUUAUGACCCCAGUUGCUGUUGCUUUGUUUGGGGUACUGCCCCCUUACUCAAC